AUGAGCACGGGACACGAUCCCUUUUUUUUUCUCCUCAAAUCUGAAUCCUGCCAAAAUACCCGCAGCCCAGCUCCGAUUCCAACGACCACCGCUCCUUCCUCGCCCCAGCCUAGCAGCGCAGGCGCGGCGCAGCGCAGGCCCUGCGCCGCCCUCCGCGCACGUCCAGGUAUCCUUCGACCGCAACCGCGCGCGCCUCUCUCCCUCCUCCUGCCGCAACACGUCCUCCUCGACGUCGUCGCCUCCGCCCCCAAGAAGUCGUACGUGAUCGCUCCGGACCUCCGUCGUUUCCUUGGAUGGAUCGGACGCCAUUGUUCAUCCGGCCGGUCUGCCUCCGUUUUGCUCGCUGACCGCCCGCGCUGAGCCCGCCCGCCCGCUCCCUGGCACGAGGACGAUGUAGAGGAGCGCAAGAACGGGAGGCGGCGUUGGGGACGACGGGGACGAGAUGGAGGGGCGCAAUCCCGUGCAGAGAUUCGUUGAUAGCCCAAAGCCAUACAACAGAAGGAAAGCGCGCGGUAUGCAAACAAGGAUGGAUUCGAGUGACCACGGCGACCGCCAAGGUCCGAGAGCCUGUGAAGAAUUGCCAGGCAAGAUGGAUAACGACCGUGCCGAUCGUCAACGCUUGAAAGCCUGCGAAUUCCCAGCCAAGAUGGACAACAACCAUGCCGAUCGUCAAGUUUCGAAAGCCUGCGAAUCGAAAGGCAAUGCCUGUGAAUUGCCAGGCAAGAUGGAUAAUGACCACCCCGUCCGUCAAGGUUUGAAAGCCCGUGGACUACUGCAACCUAAGUCGGAUGCUAGUGAAGAUGGCGUAUGCGAAGGUUUGAAAGCUUGUGGAUUGACAGCCAACAAGAUGGAUGCUACUGACCAAUGCGACCACAAAGGCUCCAAAGUAUGUAGGGUGGUGACAACCAAGACGGAUACUAGUGACCAAGGCGAUUGUCAAACCUUCAAAGUAUGUGGGAUAGCAGCCAAGAUGGAUGUUAACGACCAUGCCGAUCACCAAGGCUCCAAAGCCAGUGGAAUGCCAACCAAGACAGAUGCUAAUGAUCAAUGCAGCAACCAAGGUCCCUUUAAGACAGCUGAGAGGUUAGAUCAUCUUCUGAACCAACCAGCAAACAGAUACUGUGCUGAUUGUGGUGCUCCAGAUCCAAAAUGGGUGUCAAUGACUUUUGGUGUUUUCAUUUGCAUCAAGUGUUCAGGAGCUCAUAGAAGUCUUGGAGUACACAUAUCCAAGGUGGUUUCGGUGAAGCUAGACGAGUGGGCAGAUGAACAGGUUGAUAUUUUAGCUGAUUCAGGUGGGAAUGCUGCAGUAAACAUGAUAUAUGAAGCAUUUGUGCCCGAAAACUACGCGAAGCCAAGGCAAGAUUGUUCAGCGGAGGAGCGCAAUGAUUUUAUUAGGAGAAAAUACGAGGCUCAACAAUUUUUGACUAACCCCCAGCUUUCAUGUCCUCCACGACGCAACGAGAAACAUAAUCACCAACAGCAUAGUACUAGUUCAAGUCGACAUGGUUUAGGCCAUUCAUUCAGGAACAGCUGGAGGAGAAAAGAGCACGAGGCCAAAUCAACAAAGAAAACAAUCGAGGUGGGCAUGGUAGAGUUUGUCGGAUUGAUUAAGAUCGACAUCAUAAGAGGCACAAAUCUAGCUAUCCGUGAUGUCAUGUCGAGUGAUCCUUACGUUAUCAUUAACCUAGGACACCAGACAAUGAAAACGAAAGUGGUAAAGAGCAGUCUAAAUCCUGUAUGGAAUGAAAGGCUCAUGCUUUCGAUACCCGACCCAGUGCCGCUGCUUAAACUGCAAGUCUACGACAAGGACACGUUCACCACUGACGACCGGAUGGGGGAGGCCGAGAUCAACAUCCAGCCACUGGUUGCUGCAGCCAAAGCCCACGAGACCUCUGCUAUCGCAGAUACCGCGCAGCUCAACAAAUGGCUGGCGAAAGAUGGCAUCUGGAUCCCGAGGGACAGCGCCAUCUCCAUCGUCAACGGCAAGGUGAAGCAGGUGGUGAAUGCCAGGCUCCAGAACGUCGAGCGCGGCCAGCUUGAGAUGGAGCUCGAGUGCGUCCCUCUCACUCAAUAGCUUGCUGCUCAGUAGGAGUCGAGUCCUGAGUCCAGAUUCACUUACUUGUGUACUUCUUCAUUAGUCUGCCUCCCUCUGUUUGUGAUGACAGCCAUCUGAACCGAUGCAAAUACUUAUUGGGAAUGACGAUUCUGUGCUGUAUACUUGUAUGUGUGGGCAAACGAAACAAGGAUAUACCAUGCCCAUUCCUGUUGACAUGCGAGUCUAGUAUACAUGUUACAGUUUUCUGCUGUAUCUACCGAGCAUUUCCUGCAAGUUGCUGGAAUAAUCCAUUCCAUGGACUGCGAGCCUGGUGGUUAUUCCUUGUUUUAUUAUGAUAAAAGUCUUGACGGUUUUGUAAUGCAAGCUGCCCCCAUCGGGUUUAAUUC